CUUGUUCCUUUGUUCUCUUCCUCUCACCCCUAUCUGCUUCUUCCAUCUUUAUUAACCUCCUCUCCUCCUCAUUUCCAAUCUGAUUCAUUAAACCCCACCAUGAAGCGCUACCGCAACGGCGAAAUCUGGGCCUUCGAGCCACAAAUGCCACUCUCCGCCUCCGCCCGUGACGUCAUUCUCGGGUUAGACGGCGGCACCACCUCCACCGUUUGCAUUUGCAUGCCGCUUCUCCCGUUCUCGGAUCCUCUGCCCGACCCGGUUCCGGUUCUGGCCCGCGCCGUCGCCGGUUGCUCCAACCACAACAGCGUCGGCGAGGCGGCUGCGAGGGAGACAUUGGAGCAGGUGAUGGCGGAGGCGCUUGCCAAGUCCGGUUCGAACCGGGCGGCGGUUAGGGCGGUUUGUUUGGCGGUUUCGGGUGUCAACCAUCCUUCGGAUCAGCAGAGGAUAAUGGACUGGCUUAGGGAUAUAUUUCCCAGAGAUGUGAGGUUGUAUGUUCAGAAUGAUGCCGUGGCGGCUUUGGCGUGUGGGACUAUGGGGAAGCUUCAUGGCUGUGUUUUGAUUGCUGGCACGGGCACCAUUGCGUAUGGAUUCACAGAAGAUGGGAGAAAUGCUCGGGCUGCUGGCGCAGGACCUACUUUAGGUGAUUGGGGAAGUGGUUAUGGAAUAGCUGCACAGGCCUUAACCGCGAUCAUAAGGGCCCAUGACGGUCGUGGUCCAGAUACAGCACUUACCUCUAGUAUUUUAGAGAACCUUGGUCUUUCUUCUGCAGAUGAACUCAUCGGGUGGACUUAUGCAGAUCCAUCUUGGGCUCGCAUUGCAGCACUUGUUCCAGAAGUUGUAUCUUGUGCAGAGGCUGGUGAUGAAGUCGCAAAUAAGAUCUUGUUUGAUUCAGUUGAGGAGUUGGGUUUAAGUGUGAAAGCUGUUGUUCAAAGACUUGACUUGUGUGGCCAAGAUGGAAAAGAAUCCUUUCCCCUUGUCAUGGUUGGUGGUGUUCUUGAAGCAAAUAAGAGGUGGGAUAUAGGAACAGAAGUGAUUAGAUGCGUCUCCAAGGAGUAUCCGGGGGCAGUUCCAAUUAGACCCAAGGUGGAGCCUGCAGUUGGGGCAGCAUUGUUAGCAUGGAACUGUUUGAUGAAGGAAUCUGUUAAAGAAGCCUGUUUGAUCAAAGGAUCUGUCAAAGAAACCUUCAAGUGCUGACAAUCGAUUAUAUAAGCUCAAUUGUACAGUGGGAAGGAUCAAUAACAAAGUGAAAGGGAAACAAACAGCUCAAUAUAUAAUAUGGAAGUCAUGAUCAACAUAUGUUUUUGGUUGAAGUCAUUACUCAUCAUCUACGUAUAUGAUUUGCAUAGUAUCAGAUACUUCUCUAGCCUAAUGUUAGUAAGGCUAAUUCUUCAAUGUGUCAGUUGCCGAUUCUGGAGUUUUAUCAGGUUUGCAUGUCAAAGUAUCUCUGUUUAUAGUGAUGUGAAAGAAAUGCUUGCAAGUAAUGGCAAAAGCGCCUCUGCCUGCUUAGUUGCUAUGUGAAGGAUAGACAGAUCUAUAGCUGGGGCAAUAUUCCAGUCCUCUGUCUCUCCGGACUCCGAAGUGAUUUUUCUCAAUGCAGACUUGUUGUAAACCC